AAGAGGCCGGAACCCCGCACCCGCCGCUUCCUGAGCUGAGCUCUGCGCCCGCGAACCCCGCAGCACUCGGAUCCCCUGGCCAGCACCCGAACUCGUCCUCAGGAGACCCAUUACUACUGCCCCCUCCGACUCCCGUUCUCCACCAACUCAGUGCAACUCUCCCCAAGCCCACCCGGCACUCGCUUCAGGAGCCAAAACCAACUUCUCUCAGUCGCGAGGUUUUCCGUCAGUAGUUUCCGAAUAUUUGCCGAGCGGUUUCUUCUGCUGUGAGGAAAAACAAAGACCCAGUAUUCAGAGGAAACUCUUCUUACAGAGAGAGACUCAUCUGCAGGUGAUUCUCCAAGGACAUGGGAAGAUAGGUGUAAGCCCUGGAACCCAGACCCUUAAGUGGAGGGAAGCUGCUUUCUGCUGUGAAUGAUGGCCAAACCCACUCUGAGAGGGAAUGGCACUAACUCUGAGACCUUCCGACAGCGCUUCAGGAAAUUUCAUUACCAGGAGGUAGCUGGGCCCCGGGAGGCUUUCAGCCAACUCUGGGAACUUUGCUGUCGGUGGCUAAGGCCGGAGGUUCGCACCAAGGAGCAGAUUGUAGAGUUGUUGGUGCUAGAGCAGUUCCUGACCAUCUUACCUGGGGAGAUCCAGAAGUGGGUACAGGAGCAAUGUCCAGAAAGUGGAGAGGAGGCUGUGGCUCUGGUGGAAGAUUUAGAGAGAGAGCCUGGAAGACCUGGACAUUCGGUCACAGUCUCUGUGAAGGGGCAGAAAGUGCGCUUGGAGAAGAUGACACCCCUGAAGUCAUCACGAGAGUUAUUAAGUGUUCGGCAGGAGUCAGUGGAACCCCAAUCCAGGGGUGUACCCAAGAAAGAGAGGGCAAGAAGCCCAGACCUGGGACCACAGGAGCAGAUGAACCCAAAGGAGAAGCUCAGACCUUUUCAAAGGAGCGGAUUACCAUUUCCUAAAUCCGGUGUGGUGUCCAGGUUGGAGCAAGGAGAGCCUUGGAUCUCAGAUCUGGGCUCCAAGGAAAAGGAACUCCCAAGAGGCAGUCUCACAGGGGACAGACAAAUGCAUGCUGAUCUGUUAGUAUCCAGGAGAGAGAAAAGAAGCUGGGUGGAACAAGAUCACUGGGGCUUUGAGGAUGAGAAGGUGGCAGGCGUGCACUGGGGCUAUGACGAGACCAGAACUCUCCUUGCAAUUCUCAGUCAGACUGAAUUUUAUGAGGCUCUCCGAAACUGUCAUCGAAACAGCCAAGUAUAUGGGGCUGUGGCUGAGCGGCUCCGGGAGUAUGGCUUCCUUCGGACCCUGGAACAGUGUCGGACCAAGUUCAAAGGUCUCCAGAAGAGCUAUCGGAAAGUCAAGAGUGGCCACCCACCUGAGACCUGCCCCUUCUUUGAAGAGAUGGAAGCCCUGAUGAGUGCUCAGGUCAUUGCCCUGCCCAGUAAUAGCCUGGAAGAGGCAGCCUCUCACUCUGGCUUGGCAAGCAGCGAUGCUGAGACUGAGGAGCCAGGGCCAGGGAGUUGGCAGCAUGAGGAGGGAGCAGAAGAGGCCACAGCUGAAGAGUCUGACAGUGAUGAAAUGGACCAGAAGGCUACCCCCCAGGACCCCAACAACUCCACUGCAUCUGUCCUUUUCCGAAGCCCAAGUGGUGUACACUGGGGCUAUGAAGAGACGAAGACUUAUCUUGCAAUUCUUAGUGAGACUCAGUUUUAUGAAGCCCUGCGGAACUGUCACCGCAACAGCCAGUUAUAUGGAGCAGUGGCUGAGCGGUUAUGGGAAUAUGGCUUCUUUAGGACACCAGAGCAAUGUCGGACCAAGUUUAAAAGCCUACACACCAGCUAUCGGAAAGUCAAGAAUGGCCAAGCACCAGAGACCUGCCCUUUCUUUGAAGAGAUGGAUGCUUUGGUGAGUGCCCGGGUUGCUGCCCCACCCAGUGAUGGCCAGGAAGAAGACACAGCCUCUGACCCCAUCCAGGAGACCAGUGAGGCCGAAGCUGAGAAGCAAGCUGAGGCAGAAGAGGCCACAGAAGAUGAUUCUGAAGAUGAUGAAGAGGAUACUGAGCUACCCCCAGGGGCUGUCAUGACACGUGCUCCAGUCUUAUUCCAGAGCCCCAGUGGUUUUGAGGCUGGAUUUGAGAAUGAGAAGAAUCUAAAACGGGAUAUUUCUGAGGAAAUACAACUACAUAGGACAUUGCUUGCAAGGUCUGAAAGGAAAAUUUGCCAGCGUCUUAAUCAGGGUAAAGGCAAUGAGAAUGAAUGUAGAUCAUCAGGAAGACAGUGGGAAAGGCCCCCAGGAGAAAGAAGAGGAAAACCCACACUCCCAGAGAGGAGUUUAGGUAAAGUUCCAAGUCAUCAGAGACCUUACUUGGGAGAGAGACACUAUAAAUAUCUUAGAUAUGGCAAAAGCUUUGGUCCAAACUCCCACCUCAUGCAUCAGAUAUCCCAUCAAGUGGAAAAUCCAUACAAAUGUGCUGACUGUGGAAAAAGCUUCAGUCGGAGUGCACGCCUCAUUAGACACCGGAGAAUCCACACUGGAGAGAAACCUUAUAAAUGUCUGGACUGUGGGAAAAGUUUCCGUGACAGUUCAAAUUUCAUCACCCAUAGGAGAAUCCACACAGGAGAGAAACCGUAUCAGUGCAGUGAAUGUGGGAAACGUUUCAAUCAGAGCUCAAGCCUUAUAAUCCACCAGAGAACCCACACAGGAGAAAAACCCUAUCAAUGUGAAGAGUGUGGAAAAAGCUUCAAUAACAGUUCUCAUUUUAGUGCACAUCGGAGGAUACACACAGGAGAGAGACCUCAUGUGUGUCCUGACUGUGGAAAGAGUUUCAGUAAGAGUUCUGACUUACGUGCACAUCACAGAACCCAUACAGGAGAGAAACCCUAUGGGUGUCAUGAUUGUGGCAAGUGCUUCAGUAAAAGCUCUGCUCUGAAUAAGCACAGAGAAAUCCAUACACGAGAAAAACUUCUGACACAAUCAGUGCCUAAGUAAGUCCCUGAGGAUCUACUUAAAAAAAAAGA